AUGGGCGAGGAAGCUAAACAGGAAGAAGCUAAGCCGGAGGUCAAGGCCGAGGAGAACAAAGAAGAGACAACAAAGGAUAAACCAGCUGAGGUGAAGGAGGGCGAAGAAGUUAAGCCCCCACCUCCCUUCAUUCUGUUUGUGGACCUGCAUUGUGUGGGAUGUGCCAAGAAGAUAGAGAAAUCCCUCAUGAAGAUCAGAGGAGUGGAGGGCGUGGCAAUAGACAUGGCUCAAAGCCAGGUGACCAUCAAAGGGAUAGUGGAACCUCAAGCUGUCUGCAACAUGAUAAGGAAGAAAACAAAGAGAAGAGCCCAAGUUUUAUCUCCAUUGCCUGAGGCUGAGGGUGAACCUAUGCCCCAAGUUGUCAAUUCCCAGGUUGCUGCAACAUCAACGGUGGAGCUUAAUGUAAACAUGCACUGUGAGGCUUGUGCUGAGCAACUGAAGAAAAAGAUACUCAAAAUGAGAGGAGUUCAAACAGCAGUAACAGAGGUACCAGCAGGGAAAGUGAUAGUGACAGGAACCAUGGAUGCCAAAAAGCUGGUGGAUUACAUUUACAGGAGCACCAAAAAGCAAGCCAAGAUUGUUCCUCAGCCGGAGCCGGAGCCUCAGCCAGAAGCAGGAACCGUCGCAGCAGAAAAUCCAGGAGGCGGGGAAGACAAAAAGGAUGAAGGCCAAGGUGGGGAGGAGAAAGGAGAGGAAAAAUCUGAAGCCAUUAAAGAAGCAGGCGGUGAAGCAGCAGCAGCUGAAAGUAACAAGGUCAAGGAGGAAGCCAAGAAGGAAGGAGAUGUAACUAACAUCGUCAUGAACAACAACAACAACGAUAGUGACUUUGCGGCAGAAGAUGAAAAUAUGAAAAGGUUGAUGUACUACCACCACUACCAGCCGCUUUUUGAUUAUCAUGUGAUGUCUUUGAUGGUAGGUUUUCUUGUAGGUGAUAUGAUGAUGGGUGGUGGGUAUUACGGAAAUGGAGUAUCUUCGUCUUCCUCAUCGAAUUUGUCGGCUGCAGCUCCCCCUUUUACUGUCGAUCGCUCUGUUCCAAAACCCUUCUCCCCACUUAUUGACUUCACUGACCAAACUUACCAUCUUCCUGUUUCUAACUCAAACUCUGGUCUGCAUAAUUGGCUACCCUCCAACUCUAGUCAUGACUUCUUUUCCAUUGAUGACAACAAUGGCGCUGUAUUUGAACCUAUCCCUUCCUCAAUUGAUUACACCAACUCGCCGAGGAUUCCCCAUGUAGCUACCCUUAACCCUGCCUCCCGUUCAGCUGAUGAUGGUCACCAUUCCCAUCCACCUCCAAUUCACCCUGAACCUUCCAACCCAUACCACCAGCCAUUCAUAUCUUCGGAGACCAGCAAAUCGAUGCUUCCUCGCCAAUCUGGACAUGGAAUAUUGUCUCGCACUCAUGCAGUGACGCCCUUGCAACCUUCUGGUGAUAUUUGCUUCCCUCAAACUUUGGACCACACCUCACACUGGAAGGGCUUGUGGAAUAGCUCAGAUUGGCUGCAAAACAGUCAGGUGAAACUGGAUGAUGGGUGUUUUGUUGCUCAAGACAAUUAUAUGAAUGAAGGCUCUUAUGCACCUAAGGAGAUUUUUUAUGGUGAGGGAUUCAAUGGCACUGAUGUUGUCGGAAGUGAAAAGAAUGUUAAGCGUUCAAAUAUUGAGCAGAUGGAUUACCAAUCCGUCCUCUGUGAAAAUCCAAAGUUUGUUAACACGGAUUAUCCAACAGCAUUGACCUGCACAGCCACUCUAGCAGGAGAAUCUGGAGGCUACGUAACUCCUUUUAGUGCGUCCCUUGAACUGGGCUCAAGGAAACAAUCUCCCAGUGCAGUGGAAACUCACUUAGUUACGAAGUUGCCUUCAGUUACCAUCAAGCCACCACAUCCGGACAUGUUCUCUCACAAAACUAUGCGUCCUUGGAUUGGUGAAGGAAAAGAGUUUGGUUGUGUUAAUCCCGUGAGUAUUAAAGAGGCUCAUCCAGACAGAAAGGCUGAAAGCAAACCUGAUCUUGAUACAAGGCAACUCAGGCUUCACUUGGGGAAAAAUCAAGAAGAACUGACAAGCAACACAAGUAUUUUUAGCGAGGGCCCUUUUAUAGCAAAACUUGGGUUGCAAGUUCCUCGUAUGUGUCCGGAUGGUUUUAGUGUGUUUGUUGAUAACAAGUCCCUCAACUCUGCGGACAAUAUUGCUGAGAAUUUGGCUCAUCACAGUUCUGCUUUGGACUCUCCAUGCUGGAAAGGGGCUUCCAUCUCACACAGGUCCGGGUCUGAAGUGGCUAGGUCAUAUGAUUUGAUAAAGGUGGAAGAUUUCAGUGGUACACAUCUUCUAGGGCCUGAAGUUUCUUCUUUCACGCCCUAUGGUGCAGAUCUAGUAAAUCCUCAGAACUCAGGUGAUUGUGAGACACACAAUGUGGCGAGGGAUCCAGAAGAGUGUUUAGGUCCUUUUAAAGAACAGACUGGUGCUAGUGCUAGUAUAUUUUCAGGUGAAGGAAUAGGUUGUGCUAUGAAACUUGAAACUCAUAACACAGCAGUUAGUUGCAGCCCUGGAGUUCAAUCCUCUGAUGGUAUCUGUAUGCUCAAUAAUGGAGACGAUCUAUUUCGCCAAUCAGUGGAGACUUUUGAUGGUGAAGCUCCCAAGAAGCAAAUUACUGGGGAAGGACAAGGUACAACUGUUAAACAUGCAUGGUCUAAUGAUCCUGAGACAAAUAAGAGUGAUUACCCCGAAUAUUGUUCAAGCCAUGUAUCGUUCCAUGCUAUAGAGCAAGUGUUACUUUCACCGCCUUCAGCAGAAUCUAGCCCUGCUCUGGAAAAAAACAAAGCAGAAUGUAGGCUUUCUGAGCUAACUAGGCCAAGUAACAGGAAAUCAGCCCCAUAUGUAUAUAUCAAAACACUGGUUAAUUCAAUGCAUGACCUCUCCGAGUUGCUUCUCUUGCACUGUUCAAAUGAGGCUUGUGAAUUGGCCGAAGAAGAUUGUGAGACUCUUAAGGAGGGUCCUAAUGUGGAGGCUUCUCAAUGUCAGGGACUUGGCAGUGGUAAGCUUCCAUCUCCAGUCCAGGUCCAAUGUCUCCAGGAGUUUCAUAGCACUUUGGAUGGUCUCAGAGAUGAGAACUUACUCAAUCACGAGUCAGUGAAGCAUGCCAGCGUGACACAGGCUAUAAAGCAGAUUCUUACUGAGAGCUUGCACAAUGAGGUUGAAACUCAACCAGACAUAAUUUUGUAUAAAAAUCUGUGGUUAGAGGCAGAAGCAGAGUUGUGUUCUGUUAAUCAUGUGGCUCGUUAUAAUCGGAUGAGAAUGGAUAUGGAGAAAGGUCAUUCGCAGCAGCUUAAUGUUUUACCAGAGAAAACAACGGCAAUGAGGAUGUUCGGAAGACCAGAGAUUUCUUCUGAUAUUUCUGCUCAGGGCACUAUGGGAUUGGAUAUUAACUCUAGACAAGUCGUGGAUACUCCUGAUUCAGAUACCUCGAUCUCAAGCGCAAGUAGUAAUUCAGAUGACACACUGGCCAGAUCCCACGUCUUAAAAUCCCCUGUUGGCAAGUCAGUUGCUGCUAUUUUUUCUGCAGCGGGAAAAAUUUCGGAUCACAAGGAGGCUGGCAAGGCAACGCUAGAAGUAAAAGAUAGUGCAAAAACAGAUGUGUUCGUCCAUGAGUCCCAUCGUUCCAGAAAUAUUGGCCACGCCAAUGAUGUGGAUGCUUCUGUGAUGGCCAGAUUCCAAAUCCUUAAAUGCCGGGCUGGCAGCUUGAACUCCACAGCUACAGAGGAACACCAGCCAGAAGGUGCUGAUCUUGGAUAUCCAGGUCUAAGAGACAAUCCUUCAACCUGUAAAGGAGUCUCGGAGAACAUACCGAAGAAUGGAAAAGUGAAAACAUCCCUGCCGAUUAGUCCAGUUAAGUGUACGGAAGAACAGGUGGUUAUUGAAGACAAAUGCAACAAGAGGAAGGGGCAUGGAACUAUGAAUGUGUCGACAACCAACGUGGACCCUGUUUCAGUUCCUCUCGAAUCACAUACCUUUUACAAUACCAGUGAUCAUCGUGACGUGAGUUCUCGAUUUUUCAUUUUGAAGAGUCGGGAUGAGAAACACGAUUCCACGAGCACAUCGGAUGUGGAGAAGUCAUUGAGUCCUAUGAUUUCUCCUUGUAAGGUAAACUUGAGACCUCUGCAGGAGAAGAAUGCUGUGACAGGUACUGAAGAUACCUAUUCUGUGGAGCAACUCCAUUUACGUGUCGGAGACGCUCCUGCGGUUCCACAUUGCUUUGUGAAUAUGCGUGGUGAUCAGUCUCACUCCAGCUACCAGGAUAGCUCUUCUUCAUCAGACUGGGAACAUGUGCUGAAGGAGGAGGUUACUGGAGAGAAGUGAUGAAGGCUGUUAAUCGUGUUAUAAUUCAUGCGUGGAGCAUGAAAUUUACUUUUGUUCACUUAUAGAAACGUAAAUAGCACGUCGGGAUUCAUGCUGUUUUCAAAUUAUGUAUAAUUAUGUUGGCUACGUACGUGGGUACUAUAGUUAUCAAUGGGUCGUUGCUUAUCUCAAAGACGGUUGAUCCUGAAUAGGAAGCAGUCUUCGAGCAGUCUAUUUAGCGGUAUUGCUAUUGCACAAAUUGGGACUGCUAAUACGAGCUGAAACUCCUCCAGUUACUCCUAG